GCACAAGACACCAUUGAUCAAAUUAUCGAUGGAGCCUAAAAUUAACAUCAAUAUCCUUCACCUAUUUCUCUCUAUUUCCUUCUUCAUACUCUCGUCAUCAGCUUCAAUAAUUAUCAAUCCUUCUCAUUCAAAUAUAACCGCCAUUUUCGGUUUCGGAGACUCAACGAUCGAUACAGGCAACAACAACUAUCUAAACACAACUUCCCGUUCCAACCGUCCGCCUUACGGGAGAGAUUUUCCUUUCGGUAUAGCUACCGGAAGAUUCAGUAAUGGAAAAUUACCCAUUGACUUUAUCAUAGAAAAUUUACGGCUCAAAAAGCUCCUACCACCGUAUCUUAAGCCACAAGUAACCGCUUUUGAGUUGCUAACCGGAGUCAGCUUCGGUUCGGCCAGCGCCGGAUUAGAUAAUUUGACUUCACAAUCGGCUAAUGUUCUUACUGUGGCUGAUCAGAUAAAAUUGUUUGAUCAAGCAGUGGUUAGGAUUAGAAGAUUAGUUGGUGAAGAAAGGGCUAAAUUUAUAGUGAAAAAUGCAUUGUUUUUCUUUAGUAUUGGCACUAAUGAUAUCACUAAUUAUUAUGAUAUAGGUCAAAGGGCCAAUGAGUUUGAUAUUUCAGGUUAUCAAGAUUUUAUAUUACAGAAAUAUGAAGAAGCCAUUCGGAUUUUAUAUUUUAAAGGAGCCCGGAAAUUUACGGCGACAAGCUUAUCGUCCGUCGGGUGCUUACCGAUACAAAUAACAAUAAACAACAUUACAAAUCCACGACGGUGUGUUGAGCAGCAAAGCAUUGACACCAUGGCUUAUAAUGUAAAGCUUCAACAAUUAGUCACAAAAUUGGAAUCUCAGCUCCAAGGCGUCAGAAUUGCAUAUUAUGAUGUUUAUGAUACCUUGUUGGACUUGAUCAAUAAUCCAGCUAAGUAUGGAUUUGAAGAGACGCUUAAAGGAUGUUGCGGAACGGGUUUAUUUGAAUUUGGACCGACGUGUACUCCGACUACGCCAACGUGUCCUGAUGCCUCAAAAUAUGUAUUCUGGGAUGCUGUACACCCAAGUCUAGCCUCGUAUAAAGUUUUCGCGGAUUUAGCUAUACGAACUGUAAUUCCAUAUGUUACUUCUUAAUUUGCCAUUACAAAUUAGGAUACAUAAUAUGCAAAAUGGAUGGAUCAAAACAUCAUAUACCAUAUAUAAUAAUUACUACUUGUUUA